AUGACGCUUGUAGAUCUAAUGCUGUCGAGUACAACGGUUGAUAUUUCGCCGCAACUUUUGAUCCUACUCGCUAUAAUUCUGCUGUGCGUUGGACUUGGCGCGAAAGGGUUGGCUGAGAAGGACAUUACACCCAGCCAUCUUCGCCGUCCCCCCGGACCGUACGGAGUCCCAGUGCUGGGGAACUUGCUGCAGUUAGGGCGGGAGCCCCACAAGACACUAACGGCGUACCGUAAAACCUACGGCAACGUUUAUCAGCUGACUCUCGGGAGCAGGCCCACCGUGGUGUUGAAUGGAUACGACACGGUCCGAAAGGCACUGGUAAAACAGGCAGAUGACUUUGCCGGUAGACCUGACUUUUAUUCUUUCAACUUCAUUGCAAAUGGCAAAAGCAUGGGCUUUGGAGAUCUGAGCCCAAGAUGGCGGAUGCAUCGGAAGAUUGCCCAGAAUGCUCUGGGAAUGUUUGCAAACAAGAAACAGAAUCCGAUUGAAGACAACAUCCUGGACGAGGCGAAGCUUCUCGUAAGUAACCUGGUGGCACUCGGCUCAUCGUCUGACGGCACGACAGUCCCUGUUGAUCCCCACAACGAAGUCUAUCUCUCGGUUGGCAACAUCAUUUGCGCCAUGUGUUUCGGCGAGCGGUACCAGCGCGACGAUCCGGAUUUUCUUCACCUCGUGAAGAUGAACGAUGAAUUCAUGCGGUUUGCCGGUGCGGGUAACCCCGUAGAUAUCAUGCCAUGGAUGCGACAUUUCACAAAAGGGUCGUUCAAAAGAUUCAUCGGAAUCCUGAACACGAUGGAUAACUUUUGCUUAAAGAAACGUCAGGAACAUCUGGAUACUUAUAUCCCAGGGGAACUUCGAGAUAUCACAGACGCACUCAUCCGAAUUGUCCAAGAGACCCCAGAAGAGGAGAAGGCGGCAGUCGGGCUGACCGAUGAGCACAUCUUAACAACAGUUCAGGAGAUGAUCGGCGCAGGGUUCGACACCAUCUCAACGACGAUCAUGUGGGCCAUACUUUUCAUGGCGGCUCACCAAGAUUUCCAACAGAAAGUACAAAAGGAAAUCGACCAGGUCAUAGGUAAAGGUCGUUUCCCUUCAGCAGACGACAUUCAGAGCCUUCCGUUCACCGAAGCCUGCAUUAUCGAGACGAUGCGACAUUCGUGUAUCUUUCCUUUCGCCCUGCCCCACGCCACCACGUGUGAUACGAGCCUUGACGGAAUUUACAUCCCCGACAAAACACUCAUUUUUGUUAACCUUUGGUCCGUGAAUCAUGACGAAAAUGUCUUUCCUGAGCCGGAAAAAUUUAACCCGUACCGUUUCCUGAAGCCAGACGGCAGUGUUGUUGACAAACUCUCCUUCUUUCCCUACGGUUGCGGCAAGAGAAAAUGUCCGGGUGAGCUUCUCGCCAGAUUAGAGGUUUUCAUGUUCUUCACCACUCUGCUUCAGAGGUGCACUUUCAAACCAGUUGAUGGCGACACGAUCAAAUUGAACAGUAAAUAUGGCCUGACAUUGAAGCCAAAUGAUUACAAGGUUAUUGUGUCGCAAAGAGGACUUGAUUAGCUAUCUGGGACGUGUCUCCUUAAAGUGGGACUAUUUGAAAUUGGAUCGGAUUGUUUUCUUCAGGUGACUGUGCACGUCGGUUAGAGGUACCUUGCUUUUGUUUGGUAUAUUCCUCAUAGGCGUGUGAAUAGCGUCGAUGAACUGUGAGAUAGGAGAGACCCCUAUCGGCGACUUCGUGUAACUUAAUCUGACCUUGCUCAUGCCUAUAGUCUCCCUUUAAUGUUAGCUAAUUCUUCGAAUAUUCGUGCUGCCUGGAUAAUUAGUUGGCAUUGCACGUGGCCUUCGUGAUAUUUGUCCGGGCCCAUUACAAGUCCUUAGUGCAAGUGUCUCCUUCACAACGAAACAACCUCACUUCGAGUAUGCAGCUGCAUGUAAAAAGACUUUAGGCGCACAAUGUCACGAACCAACAACGAAUGGGUCACAAAAAUUAUCUGACUUAGAUAGAAUAUGUAUCACAAAAAUUUGCUAACUUAGAUAGAAUAUGUAGCAUUAAAGAUAAAAGCUGGUGUA